AGAAAUACCAACACAGACUCGCUUCUGGCACACUACUGGUCACCAGUAAGCUCCCAGACACCAUGGUGCAUUUUACUGCUGAGGAGAAGGUUGCUGUUGUUAGCCUGUGGGCCAGGGUGAAUGUGGAGUUGGUUGGAGGCGAGGUCCUGGGAAGGCUCCUGGUUGUUUAUCCAUGGACCCAGAGGUUCUUUGACAGUUUUGGCAACUUGUCCUCUGAGUCUGCAAUAAUGGGCAACCCCAAGGUCAAGGCCCAUGGCAAGAAGGUGCUGACCUCCUUUGGAAAUGCUGUUAAACAUAUGGAUGACCUCAAGGACACCUUUGCUGAGCUGAGUGAGCUGCACUGUGACAAGCUGCACGUGGAUCCUGAGAACUUCAAGCUUCUAGGCAACAUGAUAUCGAUUGUCUUGGCAACCCACUUCAGCAAGGAGUUUACCCCCCACAUGCAGGCUGCUUGGCAGAAGCUGACAGCUGCCGUGGCAAAUGCUCUGGCCCACAAGUACCACUGAGGUGCUGGUCCAACUGUGUUGGUGUUUACCAGAGGGACCUGAGUUCCAAGAGUCCAUCUCCUGAAGACGGACACAGUGCCCUGCCUCCAGACCCAACUGUUAUAUGAUAAAAAUAAAAUAAAA